AUGAAGACUGUCGCCACCAUCCUGGCCUCCGUUGGUCUCGUUGCCGCCCAUGGCUACGUUGACAGCGCCACCAUUGGCGGGAAGGCCUACCAGUUUUACCAGCCUGAGAGAGUUUCCCGCUCCAUCCCGGGCAACGGCCCCGUCGAGGAUGCCACCUCCAUCGACGUGCAGUGCAACGCCGGUUCCGAGCCGGCCAAGCUCCACGCCCCUGCCGCUGCCGGCUCAGACGUGACCUUGAACUGGACUCUGUGGCCCGACUCCCACGUCGGCCCGGUCAUCACCUACAUGGCUCGUUGCCCCGACUCCGGCUGCCAGGACUGGUCCCCGGGCACUGAGGCCGUCUGGUUCAAGGUCAAGGAAGGCGGCCGCGAAGGCACCUCCAACACCUGGGCUACCACCCCCCUCAUGGGCCGCCCCCGCCGCCUACACCUACACCAUCCCCGCCUGCCUCAAGAAGGGCUACUACCUGGUGAGGCACGAGAUCAUCGCGCUGCACUCGGCCUGGCAGUACCCCGGCGCCCAGUUCUACCCCGGGCUGCCACCAGCUCGGAGGUCACCGGGCGGCGGGUUCCACCACGCCCUCGUCCCUGGGUUCGCCUUCCCUGGCGGCCUUAUAAGGGCAGCGAUGCGGGGAUUACUUACGAUGCUUACAAGGGUGAGUCGUUUCGUUUCUUCUUUAGGGGAGGUUGGUAUUGUCGGUAUGGGGGAGGGUGA